AUGCUUAGCUUGAGAUAUUCACUACCUUAUCUUCCUCAAACAAAGGAUUCAACUAAGCUCUUCUCCAAGAGGCCUAACAAUGUUGUGGUUUGUGCAGCGAGAGGUCCAAGACCUCGAUCUCCUCGAGUAUGGAAGACAAGGAAGCGAAUCGGAAGUAUCUCCAAGGCUGCCAAAAUGAUUUCUUGUAUAAAAGAACUGUCGAAUGUUAAAGAAGAGGUUUAUGGAGCGCUUGAUUCCUUCAUUGCCUGGGAUUUAGAGUUCCCUCUUGUUAUUGUUAAGAAGGCAUUAGCUAUUCUUGAAGAUGAAAGAGAAUGGAAGAAGAUUAUUCAGGUGACGAAGUGGAUGCUGAGCAAAGGCCAAGGAAGAACAAUGGGAACGUACUUCUCAUUACUAAAUGCUUUAGCAGAAGAUAAUCGGCUUGACGAAGCUGAGGAACUGUGGAACAAAUUGUUCAUGGAGAAUCUAGAAGGAACUCCAAGAAAGUUCUUCAACAAAAUGAUCUCUAUAUAUUACAAGAGAGAUAUGCACCACAAACUCUUUGAGGUGUUUGCUGACAUGGAGGAGCUUGGAGUGAAACCGAACAUUGCGAUUGUGUCAAUGGUUGGAAAAGUGUUUAUGAAACUUGGGAUGAAGGAUAAGUACGAGAAGCUCAUGAAGAAGUAUCCUCCACCACAGUGGGAGUUCAGAUACAUCAAAGGAAGACGCGUUAAGGUCAAGGCGAAGCAGCUUAAUGAGCUAAGCGAAGGUGAAGGCGGCUUAAGCAGCGAUGAAGACAAGACUGAUAGUGAGACUGAGAGCAAAUCUGAAAUGUUGUCAGAUGAGGAAGCAAACCAAGAUGGUGAGGAUCUCAGUGAAGAGGAAGAAGAAGAAGAAAAUGAACGUUUUGGUGGCAAUCAAGGACAGAUUGGAACAUCUAGAGAACCUUGUCUUGAUCAUUUGGACUCUUCUUGA